GAGAGGAAUGGAUAGAGGUUUACAAAGCAACGUUUUCAGAUGAUGUCAAGAAAUGGAGACAUGCUUUUGGGACUAUGACAGUCUGGCAAUCCAGAUUGCAUGGAACGCAUAUUGGUAUUGCCGUGACCAGGCAUCUUCUCCAGGCAAAGAUCCUCGACUCCGACCCUACCGUUAGCAAGGAGCUGAAGUCUGGAGCAAAUGCCAUUGCCAUCACUAAAUUUGUCAGUACAAUCAUCAAAAUUCCCGCCGCUCGCUACCAUGAAGCCCAGUCACAGUCCUAUCUAGCAGAGAAGAUAGGUCUGCCAGUAUACUUGGUUGACCUGAGGAAUGAGGUCAACCACGGCAGUAGGAGCUGGUUCGGAGGUCAGACUGUGCGCAUGGCGGUGGAGACAUGCUAUAAGUGGAUUAAGGAUUACUAUUGGGAUAAAGAGUAUGCCAAAUGCAAAAAGGAAAACAAAGUAGCAGAUACAAGUGUUGCUGACCCACUUCAAUCUUCUGACACAGCCACAUAUACCAACGCAGACAAAAGCCCACCAGACACAGCAGAAGAACCGACCCUAAGCACUGUAAACACCCCCAAUAAACCAAAGCCAGCCACUCCCCAAGGACUCAGACCAUGGGAAUUUGCAAUAGAGCAACUUCGCUGCUACUGCAGAGAAAUUCUGGAAAAGCCAAGACCAAUGUUUUCACUUUUAACAGAGGUUCUUCAUGCUAUACAGGAUAAAUACGAAGAAAAUCCACAAGAAUGUGUUGACAAACUGAUUUCCGUCAUGUUUCUACCAUCAUAUGUUGAGAAUUUUGGAGCCAAAUUUGCAAAUGCAGGUGAAAAUGAUAAGUGCAAAUGCUUCUUCAGACACAUUGUGCUCCAAAGAUAUGUUUGUGUCAUGAAAAUAUUCAACCACUUCCCUGGAGCCAUGGACUUGCUCAUAUUUUCACUGUUGAAUAAGAGCAGUAGUGAGUUCCAGGAAAUAUCAUAUUACUGGGUCACUAUGCUAGUGGAAUCUGAGCUUGGGCAUUACUGUGAGGUGGACAGAUAUCACCAUUUCCAUUUUCCAUACACCAAUAUUACUCAGUGGAAAAGACUGGCAGAGCAGCUUUUCCUGAUUGGAAGGGAAUGGAGCUACAAGUUAGGCUUAAGGAUCAUGGAAAGUCCGAAGUCCAACUUUACGCAGGACCAAAUAAAUGAAGUGAUCAGCCUGAUUAAGGCAUACAAGAUGAAGAGAAAGGCUGCAAAGAAUGAGGCGGAGAGUAAGUCAAGAAAAGCAGUUGCAGCUCAGAAGAAGAAGGACAUCAAAGAGCAUAGUGCGAGGCUACAAGAGGCAUUGCAAAGGAACGAAGAGGAAAUUAAUUCCGAAGCACUCGAGGAAUGGUUCAGUGUCAAUGAUGUUCUCAAGUCUUCUCUGGACCAUUCAACCUUUGCGUUUAGUAUAGCUGAAGCCGUAAAGAAGUCUUUGAAAACUUCCGAAAAUGAAGAUGACGAUGAUGUAACUCCCCUGGGAAUUCUACCACACCAGCGUGGAAAUCCUCUUUUCUUCAAGGAAUUGCUUCUACAUUAUCCCAAGGAAUGCAGAGGUCUACCAGCCACAGAUGGCCAACCACCUGCUAAAAGAUUUAAAUGUUAACAAUAUAACAUGUAGCUUCUUUUGAGGCCAUUAUUAUUAUGAUUAUUGUUAUUAUUAUCAUUAUUAUUAUUAUUAUUAUUAUUAUUAUUGUUAUUAUUUACAUUGUUAUUGUUAUUCAUCUGACUGUGAAAUGGAUUACAUUAAGAUACUCGAAAUGUAAAAAAAAAGUUAAAGUUUGCACACUACUUGAAAUAUAGUAAAAUAAUGCACUGUGAUUCUGAUAGAAAUACAGAUUUGAAGAAUGUUUAUUAAAAUGGCUGUUAUUACCGAAUUUCUUCAAAUAAAACAUCUGACUUGGA